AACCCAGUCCCCAGCCAAACGGUUUAAACGGUGAGGAGGAACCAAAACUUAAAACCGGGUUCAAACGGAGGCGGUAGAGGUAGACUAGUGAGCACGAACACAGAAACAUGGCGAUGAAAAGCAGUGGAGGAUUUCUUGUGAAACUAUCACCAUGUCUUCUCCUUCUUCUUAUCCUUCCAAUUCUGCAAACACAAUGCAGAGCUGAUGUGAUUAACCUAACAGAGGAUACUUUCUCCGACAAGAUAAAGGAGAAGGAUACUGCUUGGUUUGUGAAAUUUUGUGUUUCGUGGUGUAAGCACUGUAAGAAAUUGGGAUCUUUGUGGGAAGAUAUGGGGAAGGCCAUGGAAGGGGAAGAUGAGAUAGAAAUUGGACAAGUUGAUUGCAGUUCUAGUUUCCCUGUUUGUUCCAAAGUUGAUAUACAUUCAUAUCCAACAUUCAAGCUCUUCUACAACGGUGAAGAAGUUGCAAAAUAUCAGGGGCCGCGAGAUGUAGAGUCGCUAAAAGCAUUUGUUCUGGAAGAAACAGAGAAAGCAGCAGCAGCAAACGCAGUAGAUGAUAGUGACAAAGAUUUAUAAUUUUUAAAGGACUUCCCAAAAGGUAGUAUGUUAGCAGCAGAAUCAGAGUGCAAAUGUAGCAUGUUAAGAAUUUUGUGAAUCAGCUACAUGAUUGAUCCUAGGGCUAUAAUACUGUAUGGUUGCUGUAGCUGUAGUGAUCAUGAGUAAAUUUUGAAGCUUGAAUUACUAUAUUAUCUGCGUUCAUGGGCUCACGUAUACUUCACAACUUUUGAGAGGUCUGUUAGCGAUGCACUCAUUUCUCCCACUCUACAGGAGUGGAUGGACUGAUAUGAAAUGAAUAUACAUGUUAUGCGAGACAAGUGAACAUUGGACUGACUUUCGCCGUAACUGGCUUACUGGGAUGUUACUGUUUCUGAGCUGAUUUUUUCGUUUCCCUGGUUAUACACUCAAAAUUUCCCAUUCUGUUGAUGAAAACCUUUCUUUGAGUUAUAUUUCAUUUUUAAUGCAGCCUAUAUA